UCAACUGUUUUUAACUGUCUGGCAAUGAAGGAUCCUUGCCCGGCGCUGCGGGAGGAUCCGAAGCUCAGCUCAUUUCUUAGUUGCUGUUUUGUGCAAUUGAAAGCACGUGCGAUUUUCCACCAUCUUCGUAAUCAUCAUAGCUUCGGAGAUUCCGGCGUUUAGUGCAUAGUGGUGUUUCGGCUAGUGUCCUGCGCCUGUUCGAUGAAUUGUUGCUUUGAAGAAACCCGGAAUGGAAAAUCUUCUUGAUGCGAACUAUGAGUGCCUGGAAUUGCAUUCGCCUGUUUAAACGACCUUAUUGCAGUUGCUUGGAUGCACGGAUGGUGAAUGAGCUGUGCAGUUUGGUCUCGACAGCAAUUGGAGGCUUGGACGAUCUUGAAUUGAGGCUCGAUCAAUUUAAGGACUCGUUAACUCCUUCACUCGUGACCCGAGUGGUGGAAUUAUGUAAAGACAGCGAGGUACCCUCUAGAAGGGUUCUAAGAUUCUUCUCGUGGUCGCGGAAGAACUUGGACUCAGGUUUGCAAGACACAGACUUCAACUUUGCGAUUCGGGUAUUUUCUGAGAAAAAAGAUCACACUGCUGUAGAAAUGUUACUUUCAGACCUCAGGAAGGAGAGUCGGGCGUUGGAUCCACGGACUUAUGGGGUUGUUGCUGAGACUUUGGUUAAGUUGGGGAGGGAAGAUGAGGCGUUGGGCAUCUUCAAGAAUUUAGACAAGUUCAAAUGCCCGCAAGAUGGAGUAACCGUCACAGCUAUUGUGAGUGCACUUUGUUCAAAAGGGCAUGCAAAGAAGGCUGAGGGAGUGGUGUGGCACCACAAAAGUAAGAUUGAAGGCAUCGAGCCUUUGAUCUACAGGUCACUUUUAUAUGGGUGGUCGGUAAAAGAAAAUGUGAAGGAAGCACGAAGAAUCAUCAAGGAGAUGAGGUCGCUCAGGAUAAUACCCGAUUUGUUCUGCUUCAAUGUGUUCCUCCGGUGCCUUUGUAAACAAAACCUUAAGCGGAAUCCCUCGGGUCUUGUGCCCGAGGCUCUGAACGUGAUGAUGGAGAUGAGGAGUUACAACAUUCACCCUACUUCAGUCAGUUACAAUAUACUGCUCUCGUGUCUCGGGAGGGCCAGAAGGGUGAAGGAGUCGUGCCAGCUUCUCGAAACGAUGAAGAAGUCGGGGUGUGCUCCUGAUUGGGUUAGCUAUUACCUCGUUGUCCGGGUGUUGUAUCUGACCAGUAGGUUCGGGAAAGGGAACAAAAUGGUCGAUGAGAUGAUUGAAGGUGGGUUGGUCCCAGAGAGGAAGUUCUAUUACGACUUGAUUGGAAUUCUCUGCGGGGUCAAGAGGGUGAAUCAUGCUCUGGAUCUAUUUGAACGAAUGAAGAGGAGUGAAUUGGGUGGGUAUGGACCAGUCUAUGAUGUGCUUAUACCAAAGCUCUGCAGAGGCGGCGACUUUAACAUGGGCAGAGAGCUCUGGGAAGAAGCCGAACGGACAGGGAUCAACUUAAGUUGCUCCCCAGACUUGCUGGAUCCUUCCAUAACUGAGGUAUUCAGGCCAGUGAAGAAGGUCGAGAAAGACAAGAUUAAGCUCAUGGGGCUCAGGCAAGAGAAAUCCCAACCGAAGCAGAUUCAGGUGAGACUAAAGAGGAAAAGGAGGACGAAGAAGAAACCAUAAUUAGCUGCUCAUUUCGUAAAUGGCUUGCUGCAAUGCGGCUGUUUUGCAGCAGCAUCAGUAGCUUGUCUUGAUGGAAAAUUUCUCGUUCUCUUUUUGUCGUGCUUCUGCUAUGUGCUGAUCUUGAAACCAAAGACAAGGGAACACGGAACAGAUCCGUAUUCCAUCACUCGGUUGAAAUCUGAGUUGCCAUAUUUCGCUCAACAGUUUUAGUUUCUGCGGUUUGAUCUUGCAAAGGAGGCCCCCUUGGGAGAAAACAUAAAUAAACAGUUUUGACAUAUGGGAGCAUUGAAUCUUAGAUGUAGUGGGCACAUGGGAAUUGGGACAAUCUUGCUCGACUUCAGAUGGGAUCUAUCAAGAAGUGGGUCCCUAAAAUCCCUCUCAGGUUUCGAUAGAAUAUGAAGAUCAAUGUAAGACAUUGAUUCAAUGGUUGUACAACUUCCGUGAUUGAACAUAUUCAAUGUUCGCGUGUCAUGUUGAAUUUAAAUAAGAUGAAACAUGAUAGAUUUUGUAA